AUGGGUCGGGCCGUGCGCGACCGCCCGGACUCGCCAGUCGAGCUUCCGAUCGCUGCGCCCGACGCAGCUGCCACGAGCUGCUACGCAUGCAACGGCGGCACGCUGCCAGUGCCGGUGGACGCGCGCACAGGUUGCGGCAAGCAGCGGCGUCCGUACCACACGCUGCUGACGGCGUCGUCCGGUCCGUACCAGCUCUGGCAGUCGCGUGUCAUGCGGCACCACUGGCAGCUGCAGCGCGCUCGGGACCCAUGCGGCGAGAUGGGCGGCUUCACGCGGCUGCUGACGGGCGUCAAGGACCGGCCCGACGCCUUUGCAAACGAGAUGCCCACCGUGGUCGUCAACGAGCGGCGGGGCGGCUAUCCUGUCAUCAACCGGCCGUCGUCGAUCGUGCAGUUUGUGGAGGGCGGCCACCUGGACAGGAUCGCCGAGGAGUACAUCUUCAUCGCCGAGACGGACCACGUGAUGCUGCGGCCGAUGCCCAACCUCGCGUCGGAGACGGUGCCGGCCGCAUUCCACUUCGGCUACAUGCUCGCCUCCGGCCAGGCGGGUGUCGUCGACCGCAUCUCGCCCGGGCUGGGCGGCAAGACGGACCCGGUCGGCCCGUCGCCGCUGCUCAUCCACAAGGAGCAGCUGCGCCGCAUCGCACGGCCGUGGCUCCAGUUCACCGAGAAGAUCAUGGCCGACCACCAGGCCGUGCAGGCCCUCGGCUGGGUGCGCGAGAUGUGGGGCUACUUAAUAGGGCCGCUCGUCCCCGGCCGGAGCGGCACACCGCACCGCAUGCCCUACUACAUCUUCCACUACACCUACGGCAUCGAGUACUCGCGCGAGGGCCUCCCGAUGGAGCUGCAGGUCGGCGAGUGGUCGCUCGAUAAGCGGCACUACAUGGCGCGCCACCCGCCCCGCGACCUCGAUCUGCCACCCGCGUGCGGCCACGACCGCGCGCACGUGCUCACCGCCCUCUUCAACAACGCAAGUGCCGCCCUCGAGGCGGCGCCCGGCGGCUGGCCGACGCCGCGCAGCCCCGGCUCGCUCGCCGGAUUCGCGCGCCUUCACCUCCGCCCACCGCCCGGCGGGAAGGGCGGCCCUGCGGCCGGGGAGCUGCCUAGGGAGCUGCCCACCGCAGGGGGCGACGCCACCGCCGCCUCGCUGCUGGGCACUGGCCCGUGGACCAUCACCGGGACGGCGGGCGGCGGGUCGCUCCGUGUGGAAAAGGAGAGCGGCGUAGACGCGAGCGGCGGCGCAGCCACACGCGGCGCGGCGGCGGCCGCCCCUCCCACCGCUCCGCUGUCCGCCUCGCCCCUCCCUCGGCGUCGCCUCUCUCCCCUCACCCUCGGCGCGCCGGAGGGAUGCAGGUGCACUUCAUGUCGCACGGCUUCCUGGUCAGCCCAAAGGGGCAUGGCCGCUGGGCGGCGGCGGCGAGCGGCGGCGGCGUGGCGCUGCACCUCUGCGGUCAGUCGCUGA